AUGAUUGCGAAUAAGCUGAAGCCGAAUUACUAUUAUGAGAUAGAGAUUGUGGGACUUUCCAUGGCUCUUCUGCAACUGUUCUUUAGGGUAAUCAUCAUGCGUCGAAUGUUCUCGUUGGUGGGCACCGUGUUUCUUCUCAGAUGCGUCACUAUGAUGAUCACAUCUUUGUCGGUACCUGGGGUACAUCUGGAAUGUCAGGCAAAAUUUCUUUUCUGUACAUCAUCAUUCUUUCACUUAUUGCAACCAAGUGUUGUUCUUGUAGCCUAUGUAGAGAGUUACGGGAGCCUUGUUGACAAACUGAUCCAAGCGUUUCAUAUUUGGUCUCAUCUGGGACUUUCGAUACAGGGUGUGAGAACUUGUGGUGAUUACAUGUUCAGCGGUCACACUACUGCGAUUACGCUGCUAAACCACUUGAUCACGGAGUAUACCCCUCCAUCGUGGACUUUUCUCCACACUACGACCUGGGUGUUGAAUCUCUUUGGAGUCUUCUUCAUACUUGCGGGACAUGAACAUUAUUCAAUUGAUGUUUUUAUAGCUUUCUACAUCUCGUCUCGCAUGUUUCUUUAUUACCACGCUUAUGCCUACAAUCAUGCCAAUCUGACAGCGACUGACGAUCGAAUACGGCUGUGGUUCCCGCUUGGGUGGUUCUUCGAAGCUGGAAGUAUGGGAAAGGUUCCCAAUGAGUUCGAAAUGCCAUUGCGACUGAUAAUGCCGCGUUGGCUAAACGGUCAUCAUCAUCAUCAUCAUGAGCAGCAUCAUGACGAGGAGGAAAAGGAAAAGAAGGACGAAAACAGACAUGAGAAAGAGGGAAAACACGGAAAGAGAUCGAAGAAGAAGACACACUAG